GGUAGGAGGAGGAGGAGGAGGAGGACGAGGGUGAGCGGAUCGCUACGGACUGAGGAGCCAGUGUGUGCGCAAAGGGACCAGGAAAGUUCACAACAGGAGUCACUGUGGAUCUUUUCACCAUAAUACUGAACUAUACAAGCUUUUUGUGUGGACAACUUUGUAAUACGGGCAUUUUUUGACUUCAUUUUGGACCAGUUGCAAGUUUUAAAAUCUUUAAUUUACGGCAGCUUCAUAUCUUUACGCACAGACAUCCUACAAAUCCUGCCAAAGUUGUGUUUAAAAGGAAUCAAGUAAGAAAGGUCUGUGAUGUGAUGGCUGCAGCUGGCAGGUCGAGCAGCUCCUGUAUACCAGUGCUGUGACGCCCUCUGCUGUGUGGCCGAGGAAGGUUCAGGACGGGCAAAAGCCAGGAUGGGGAACCCGAUCAAGGAAGGGAUGAACGUGGUCAUCGUCAACCACUACAACCACACCGGGAAGUGGGACCGGCCUCGCAGCGGAGGCACCUGCAAGACGGCGGUGCUGCUCCUCAUCUGCGUGCUCAUCGUCCUGGAGAACAUCACGGUCCUGCUGGCCCUCUGGAGGAACAAGCGGUUCCACAGCCGAAUGUACUUGCUCAUUGGAAACCUGGCGCUGUCCGACCUCCUGGCUGGUGUGGCGUAUGUGGUGAACAUCUUUACGUCGGGAAAUAAGACCUACUACCUGACGCCGUCGCAGUGGCUGGCCAGAGAAGGAAGCAUGUUUGUGGCCCUCAGCGCCUCCACCUUCAGCCUCCUGGCCAUUGGCAUCGAGAGGCACAUGACGAUGGUGCGUCUGAGGCCCUGUGAGACAGCCGGCCGAGGGAGACUCCUGGCCCUGCUGGCGGCCUGCUGGGUUGUGUCGGUGCUGCUCAGCGCCCUUCCCAGUCUCGGAUGGAACUGCCUGAAAAAUCUGGCUUCCUGCUCCACCGUGCUGCCUUUGUAUGCCAAGAGCUACAUCGCCUUCUGCAUUAGUGUUUUCAGCGCGCUGCUGGUUGCCAUCAUCAUCCUCUACAUCAGGAUUUACCGCCUGGUGACCUCCAGCGGCCGCAGGGUGAGCAGCCGGCCCUCGGAGUGCUCCCUGGCCCUGCUGCGGACAGUCGUGAUCGUUCUCGGGGUGUUCGUCAUGUGCUGGUCCCCAUUGUUCCUCCUGCUCCUGCUGGAUGUCGGCUGCAGCCCGGAAGAGUGCCCGGUCCUUUACCAGGUGGACUGGUUCAUCGCCCUGGCCGUGCUCAACUCUGCCCUGAACCCUCUGAUAUACACGCUGUCCAGCAGGGAGAUGAGAACAGCUUUCUUUCGGGUGAUCUACUGCUCUCAAACCGGUAUGGAGCCGUCUGGGACACCUGCAGCGGUUAACCCCCACCUGGGCACGAUUAUCCCCACAGUGGAAAACAGUAAGACCAGUGUGGGCGGAAGCGGAGGCAGUGGGACCGGCAAAGCAGCGCUGAACAGAGGGAAGAUUUCCACACCUGCAAACUCUGACAAUAAGCAUGCAGAUCCCUCUCCCACCGCGGUGCCUCACACGACUGGGCCGGCAGACCUGUUCUCAGCCGUGCUCAUAAAGGCGGGGGCGCUGCCUUCCCUAAGCAAGUUUUGAGCGGAAAAAAUUAACUUGCAUCAGACUUUGUCUGCUAUCAGCCACUUUUUUGUGUUGUGCACUACGGCUCAUGUAGCUCAGAUACCCGGUUCAAAAUGAAGACGUCACGAUUGUAGCUCAGACUAUAAUCAAAAUCACUUGAGGCCACUACUUACACCAAUGGUUAUGAUAAUCAAAAAAGAAACCAGUGAAUAAAAUCUCUUUGAUUUUCACAGUUAAAAACAACAACUAAGUAACAUUCCUAACCAUGGGAUACAACAGAACAGUGUCAUGUAUGCCAUGAUUCAAUCUCUUGACUGUGCUUAUAGAGCAGGCUUCAUUUCACAGCAGAUUGUAAUCACCAGAUGUGUCUGUCAGUAUAUUUAUUUGUUAAUUAUGUCAUUAUAGGUUAGUGGUAUUCAAAUUGUGGCACUUUUACCAAAGUUGUAUUAGGAGUUUUCUUAAGAACGCCUAAAUUGUUCGUCACUAUUUAUAUUUAUUAUCCAGUAUCAGUUAUCUGAAAAGUUAUAUGUUUUGCUUUGUGUGCUUACAACUAUUAGGGUGCACUACAUAUUUACAGCCUUUACUUUCCUGGAACAAAUGGAUUAUUUUCCUAAAACUUACUAUACACUUUUCCUCAACUUAGAGGUUACAUUCUGGUUCGCCAGCUGCUCCCCUGAGAAUUUCAUCAUGUACUUUUGCCAGGCUGCCAGGUUUUUCCCUCAAACUUUUCUGAUUACAUAGGAAAGUAUAUAGGAAAGUACCCAGUACUAAAAAGUACUUUCUAAAUUUCAGAAAAGUUCCCGGUAUGUUCUGGAAACUAACUUCUUAUUUACGGUUAAGUUCUGGGAAAGUAACUAUUAAAGGGGCCUAGUUACGUACUUUGACCAUGAAAAGAAAACACAAAAAAACAGAAAUUAAUCUUCAAUAUAACAAUAUACGGCAAGCGUUCUUUUUUUUUUUUUGAGCUUGAGAAGAACUUUGCACCGUGCACUGACGUUUAAUCUGGUAACGCAACUUAUUUGAUUACACAACUGCAUCCACAACUGGCUGAAUAAUAUGAAACCUACCUGGGAGGUUGAAUGGGGUACAAGCCAACAACUCCAACCUGGAAAGAUCUUGUCAGCGCAUUUCAGUGUAAUGGCCUGUUACACUGAAGGUUGACAAAAUGACGCUGAAAUUAUACCGUGAGCGUAGUGGUGCUACGUGCUAACAGUAUGACAAGUAUUUGAGAGCAACAUAAAGCUCAUGUGCAGCAUCAGCAUAUUUGUAAAACGCCCGGACAACAGACCUGUAAGCUAGCGCUAGCUAUCAUUAGCUUCACGGACAGCCCAUUAACAGGGUUCUGUCUUAGUCUGGGCUCUCCUUUCGAGUAAAAAUGAAUGCAUACUGAUUGUAUUUAUUCAUUAUAAUGUUUUAUGCUGUAUGUCUCUGGGCUCCAUUGCUUCUCCUUGUUUACACAUUGCGUGCAUGCACAAUAUCAUACCUCCGGUCAUGUGGUCUUGUUUUUGUAAGUAUACACAAAAGUGCUUUGUUUACUGACACAUAGACCGAAAACAAAGUAAAAAACACUGAAAUAAAAUAUCAUUAGCCAACAGGGCGUCAGAAAACCUUUGUAUGCCACCAGAGUGAGCUACUGACAUAAAAUUCACAAGUAACUCAAGAAGCUGCAAUAAAGUCAUAGUACGUGACUCAGCCCCUUUAAGCCCGAUGGUGAUUCCUUGGAAGUACCUGGUUGGCUUCUGGAAAGUUGUGGAAAUUAACCCCUAAGAUCAACGAAUGUACAAGCUGUAUCAUGUAGUGUUGCCAACCAUUAUGGUACUUAGACUUUAUUUUUUAACUUUUAUUUUAGCAAUUUGUUGUGCACUGUGGGAGAGAAGAGUAUAUUGCCGGACUAGCGGCCUCAUGAGGCUGUGAUGAUUUCUACUCACAAGAGAGUUCCACAUUUAGAUAAACAUGCCCCAGCAAUUUCUUUAGAUUCCAAGUUUUUUUGUCUUCCUGACAAUGACUUUAAAGGGGCAACUUGAGGCUCUUUAAUGCUUACCUUGUCACCAGAUGUGGGUCAUCAAACAGCAGUCUGUGAGCUAAUUAAUAGCCAUGCUCAUGAAGAUACUUGCUUCUCACCAGCACAUGCAGAAACCACUCAUAUAUGUCAUCGAACCACUUGUGAAUAGGAAUGUUGGAAUUGAAUUAUUUAAUGAUAGCAGACUGUAUUUGGGUGAUGUAGUGUCUGAUACAGCUAUAGGAAAAAUUAAAUUCUAUUCUCUAUUGUCAA